UUGAAGAAUGUGACAAGGAGUUGAAAAUGAAGAAGGAGAAACUUAGUGCGAUAGAGAAAUCGUUAGUGGAGUGCUUGAAUGCCGUGGAAUCAAGGGAGACAAAGAUUAGGGAAAUAGACUCGAAAAAAGAUAAAGAUUUUUGCUUGCGUGAGAGAUCGUUGGAGGAGUGGUCCUGUAAGCUUGAUUUCAAAGAGAGGGAACUUAUAUUGAAAGAGAGAAAUGUCGAGUUAAAAGCUGGGGAACUCAGAAAGUCGAAAGAAGAAGGCGAAAAGUAUUUGGAAUCUCUCUCACAGGGACUUAAGGAGAAAGAGAACCAACUUCAAGGCUUUGACAAAGAGCUCAGAUUGAAGCAGAAAGAACUUGAUUUGAUCAAAAAAUCCACUGACGAACGCGCCAAAGACCUGGAAUUGAAAGAGAGGCAACUUGAAGAUCAGGCCAAAGAGCAUUCGUUGAAGCAGAAAGAAUUUGAUUCGAUCAAAAAGUUCACUGAAGAACGCGGCCAAAACCUUGAACUGAAAGAGAGGCAACUUGAUGACCAAGCCAAAGAGCUUGAAUUGAAGCAUAAAGAAUUUGAUUCGAUAAAAAAAUUCUCUGAAGAACGCAGCCAAAAACUUAAACUGAAAGAGAGGCAACUUGAAGACCGAGCCAAAGAGCUUGAAUUGAAGCAUAAAGAGUUUGAUUCGUUAAAAAAAUUCAGCGAGGAACACACCCAAAACCUGAAAGCGAAAGAAAAUACUAGUAUUCUUCUUUCUCAAGUGAAAAUUGAGCAAUUAGAACAUAUCCCUGCCAACAAUGCUGUUGUUCCUUCUCCCGCAAGUAACCAGUCCAGCGUCAAUAUGGAUGGUAGAGGCUUGCUGUUGUUAAUAAACGAGCAUUUGAAGAACUAUGUUCUAGUGGGUAGUGAAAUCUCAGCUGUUCUUCAGGCAUCCCCAGACCCGGCAAAACUGGUUUUGGAUUCUAUGCAAGGGUUGCACCAUUCAAAUUCAAGAGCGGACAAAAGCAGGUGUGGUUAUGAUUUGAGCAUUACUAGAGUGAGUUGUAUCCUUUUGUUGGAGACUUUAAAGAGUAUCUCCCCCCAAAUUAACGCUGAGGUGAAAGAAGAAGCAAUUAAGUUGGCAGGUGAUUGGAAGGUUAAAAUGACGACUAGGAUGGAGAAUUGCUUGGAGGUUUUGGGUUUUCUGCGGUUUGUUAGUACAUACGAAAUCACCUCGUUUUAUGAUGCGAUUCAAAGUCUUUGUGCGAUCGUUGCUAAGGAUGAACACACAACUGAAUUAUCCUGGCCCCUUGGUAUCACUGAUAAGGCACCCGCCAAAACUGAGACACCAGAAUCUUUACUGGUAAAAAAUGCAGGGACCUUUUCUUCUCCAAAUCUUCCACAAUCUGCCACCACAGAUGCUAGUCAUUUGAAGGGGGUUUUAAAUGAGAUUUUCAGUAGGGAUCGUCUGUUGCAGAAUGAAAUUUGGGCUACUUUUCAAAUGUCGUCAGAUCCAGAAAAGUUUGUGAUGGAUGUGAUGCAAACUUCUUUUGCUAAAUACUGCACAGUAGAAGAUGUUGGUUUUAGAGAAACUGUCAUGUCGAAGUGCAUUUCACUACUCGACAAGCUAAUGAGAAUUAAACCACAUGUUGGACCUCAUGUUAACAAAGAUGCCCUAAAGCUAGCAGUCCACUGGAAAUCGAAAAUUGGUGCAGGCACCCAAGCCUUCGAACUUUUGGGUUUUUUGCAGUUCAUAGCUACAUAUGGACUGCUUUCUAUGUUUAAUAGAGAGAUUUUAGUGUUUCUUGGGAGGAUUUCUCAGCAGAAGCAGGCGCUAGAAGCAUGUCAGACACUUGGUUUAGCUGAUAAGAUCCCUGCAGAUUUCAUUUGGAAUCUUAUUGAAAAGAAGCAACUAAUUGAAGCUGUUCGAUUGAUUUGCCCGUUCAAGUUAAUUGACAAGUUCCACCCAGUACCACUCUUGAAAGAAUUUGUGGAGAAUGCAAAGAGGUUGUGCAUACAAAAUAGCAAGAGAAGUAAAUCACUUGAUGUAAAGGAUAAAUGUAUAAACAACCAGAUUGCUGAUCUUAGAGUUGUGAUUCAAUGUAUCAAGGAUUGCAAACUCGAGUUCGAGUACCCUUCCAGGUUCAUUGAAACACGAAUAGCUUUUCUGGAAAAACUAAAGGAGGAUCGGAGACGUCCAAAGAUAUCUCCUCCCUCCAAGGUUGAACAACACAAUCAGAAAAAUUCUCCAGUCUCCAAGGUUGAACAACAAGAGCAGAAAAAAGCUCCUGCCUCCAAAGUUGAGGGACAAGAGCAGAAAAAGCCGCAUGACCCUAGGGUUGAAGGACAAGAGCAGAAAAAGUCUGCUGCCUCCAAAGGUGCGGGGCAAGAGCAAAAAAAAUCUCUCUCUAGGGUUGAGGGACAAGAGCAGAUCAAAUCUCUUGCCUCCAAUGUCGAACAAGGGGCAGCAAUGCCCCUUGCUUUCAUUGUUGAGGGACGGGAGCAGAAAAUAUCUGUUCCCUCCAAGGUUGAACCAGAACACCACAGAAGUGGUCAGAAAGUUGAGGGACAAGAGCAGAAAAAAUCUGCUGCCUCCACAGGUGCGGUGCAAGAGCAAAAAAAAUCUCCGUUCUCCAAUGUCGAACAAGGGGCAGAAAAGCCUCUUGCUUCCACUGUUGAGGGACAAGAGCAGAAAAGAUCAGUUCCCUCUAAGGUUGAACCAGAACAACACAGAAGAGGUCAGAAACGUAGACCCAACACUUUGCCUCAUAGGUUUCAACCACAGCAACAGCGUCAAAGCAAGUAUCAUCGGACAUCUGAAUCAAUCGGCCCAGGGUAUCGGAAGCCAUCUUUGUGGCAUGAAAACUAUAGACACCGUGGGCAGUUCGGUGGGGAUGACAACAGCUAUGAAAUUGGUGCUAACGCUGGUACCGGUUUUACUGCCAUCCCGAAUCCUCGUCCUUGUGUUCCUGAUUAGACCUAGUACGAACCUGCUAUACAUGCUUACUACAAAAGACCGGUGCGUAACUCUGACCUGUCCCAGAUCACAGUGCUGCUUACGGGUAACUUCCUCGUAACGUUUCCUCCUGGUUUUUUUUUGGUGGCACAACUUUGGUAGGUUGGCAGCCCGCUCUUUUCUGUAAGUUGCACUACUGCUAUUAGGCGAAGCAACCUAAUUUGACCUUACUAUUGUAGAUACCCUUUGACAUAUUGUCAUUUUUUUUUC